AUAUCGGAGCUCUCCUCCCUCCUUCCUCUCUCUCCAUAAGAAUCUGCUCUCAUCCUCUUCACGAGUCGUCGUCGAGCUGGUCCUCGCUUCGCUAAUUCAUCAUCGCAAUGUUGCGGAAACCUUUCCAUGGAUGGAGGAUCAAGCAAGGAAUCCAGAAACUGACCGUGAUUCGCGCGCCUUCACCUCGCCUUUAUCCGGUUCCUGAAUGGGCCGGCUCGGCCAGUCGCCCCACCCCCACCCCCACCCCACGCACCUCGCUCUCUCCUCUCCCCCCUCUCUUCUUCUCCUUCGCGAUCCGGCCCCCCUCCACCGUCGCGUACUACUCUCGUGCACCCGAGCCCAACGCUGAUUCCGCAGAGGACCAGCUCGACGAGCCGAACCCCAACGCGCAGAGCCAGGUCGAUGAGGUUGCUAAUAUGCGCGAGGAAGAACAAGAACAAGAGUAUGUUGGUCGUUUCCCAGUAAAGUGUUUUCCCCUGAUAAUGCGUUGGAAAGAGCGUUCAUCUGAGGAAAUUAGAGAGAGAUGCAGGGUAGUAGCAUUGGAGAUGAAAUAUGCUGAGGAGACAUUGGACCAUUUUUACCGAGAAAUGAGCAAGGAAGUCGAGACAAUUCUUCACGAGGGAGACCCGAGGCUACCCGAGGAACUCUCCAGGAGAGUGGUGGUCACAUGCGUGUCCGAGGACCCUCCCUGGAGGUACUACGACCCCAGGGAGAACUGGACAUACGUGUACGUGCUCCGGAGGAAACAGAGGAAACAGGGGUCUGGAGCGAGUGCUGCAAAGAGUGCUGCAAAGGAAUCAUGUAGAGAACUAGAAGUAGAGCUUUAUAUGACUUACUCGCCGGAACUGGAGGUGGCAUCUGCUCUUUGGCCUACUGAUGACUUUCCGUUUGGAAAGGACAGGAUGCUACAUAAAUGGAAGGUUGUUAAUAAGUUUGUGCUCUCUAGCCAAGAUGAAGAUAUAUAUGCUAUAGCGGAAGAAGAAGCAAGGAAGUGGGCUGGCUGGUUGAUUGCCCAGAACAAGUUAGCCGACAAGGACAUGUGCAAGGACACGGACAUGGGCAAGGACACGAGCAAUGCAACUCUGGGAAAAGUCUAAGUUAAUUGUUGGUAAGAAUUAUUGCAUUAGAUCUCAUUGAAAAAUAUUGCGAGUGCUUCUUGCAUGUGGUAUGGUAAAAAAUAUUCCUUUUUUUUCCGGUGUUUUGAAUGAUAAAGGAGGUUAAAUGCUCUCUCCUAACUCAACAAUUCAGCAUUAUCAUCUUCCGUUCA